AUGAAGGAGGUGCUGCUGCUGGCCGUGCUGUGCCUGGCCACAUACCACACACAUGCCAUUAAAAUUGGAAUUUCGCACACUUACAAUACCACACUAUCGCCAACGGCUUCCACUACCACGGAGCCACCAGCCACGACAGGUGCUCCGAGCAGUGAGGCACCAGUCAGCUCCAUCAGCACACUGCCGGAGGCGGAGGUGACCACCACUACUCCUGCAAUCACAUUUCCACCGCGGGUCCCACAGAAGCCCAAGGUGGCAGUGGCAUUGCCAACCACGUCGACGGCUUCCGAGGCGGAGGCGCUACCUUUGAACUCCACAGAAGCGACCACCUCCUUGCCGAAAUCCGUGGACCAUAUCUAUUACUACUGCUCCUGCGAUCUUCAGGCAGACAGAUGCGACCUCAACUGCUGCUGCGACACCGAUUGCCCAUCCGAAACCCGUCAGGUUUUCAAUUGCCUGCCGAGUGCUUUGAUACCGCAGCUUGAAUCUCGCCUGGAGGAUUUCCAAUACACCCAUGGCUUGCCCACCUGCCAGAUCAACGAUGGCUGGCUGUGCGUCUUUCGCAGCAACACAAAAGCAACAAAGAGCCGUCCGCAAGAUAUGAAUAUCGACACCUCGCAGUACAGAAAAUGGAGGGAUAACUUGGAGUACCAGGAAGCGGACUACACACAGUCUCGUCCAGUAGCUGGACACUACAAGUUCGGACAGCCCCUUCAGUUGUGGCAGCCAGAGACUAAUCAAUUAGCCACCUUUGAGUUGCCCGCCGCCUACGAAGGUCCCAAUUGUCAGUUGAAGCAGUCAAUCUGGCACCUGCAGUCGAUCAGCAACGUCUGCAGAAUGAAGGACUCUGCCCAGUUGCAGGAGAGUAUCUGGUGCCUACUGAACCAGACUUCGACCUAUGAAGUCCUGUCGAAACCCCGCGAUCUGGAGGAACAGGAAGUGAAAGGACUGAUCGUCCAGGUCUGCCUAAAGGGAGGCGAGAAGGCAUCGCGUUGUCUGGAGCGAGGGAACGAUACCCAACUGGACAUUAUAGUGGAUCAAGUGGAUCUGCAACUGGUGCACAACUAUACACAUAUUCUAGAAGCAAAGCUCCUUCUGGAGGAGGCCAAACUGACGGAGGAUGACAACGAGCCACUUUGGCUGCGCUACAAUGUUGAGUUUAUAACUCUGAACAAAUCGCUGACCAAGCCCACUUCUGGGCCACUCGGUUACCUACCUGGCUCGCCUGUAAUCCUGUCCAGACUGUCACCACAGAACAGCAGCCAGGACAUGCAGCUAAUAAGCUAUCAUCAUUCCAACCGAAACAUCAAAGAGUUUCACUGGCUUUCCCUGCCCUCCAGGAAGCCACGAGGCAGCAGCUGCCAACGGAAACUGGACCACAAGGAAGCUCUGCGCUUCGGCGUGGACCUCCUUACCCGCUGCGAACUGCACCACCCGGCGCCCGUGCUCCAGGAACACGCCAACCACACCGAGUACUGCCAGGACUUGCAGGCCCAGAUAUGGAGCCUGCUGUUGCCCCACAACUGCACCCAGCUGGAGGACGUGGCCAAGAUGUUCGUCUCCCAGCUGGGCAGACCGAAGCCGGACAAGUGGCUGCCCAUGCAGGUGCGCUACCCGGAGAACGCCCACGAGAUGCCACCGCCCGUUCAGGCAGUAUACGACGAAAUGAGGCAGAGCCUGAGCUGUCGGAACAUCUUCCUCAGCAUUGGGUACGAGUUCCACGUGGCAGAUCUGGCCCUGGUGGAGGGCAGGGCGCCACAUCAGCGUGUCCUGCAGCAUGCACGCCUGGUGUUGGGCCAGCGGCAUGAUCUGGAGUUCGACACCAGCGAGAUGGAGGUGGCUCUUCCUCUCAGCGUUUCCGCCAUGUUCUACCGGAUGCACAGGAAGGCCCUGAGCAAUGGAGCAGCAGUGGAAACCGCUGGCCAUUUCGGGCUGCUGGUAAUGAUUUAUCUAGGAACGGCACUUAGCUCUAGACUGGUAUAUGGAUAA